CUCGGCCAAACAGGGCAAGUCAGCGUUGGAACCGCAGACAUGGGAGGGAAGACCAAACGUUCACCUCCCACUGGAGUCCCGGAGCCACGCACUGAGGUCAGUGCUGUGGGUGCCUGCUGCGUGCCGGUGCUGAGAGAAGGCCUGAUGGAGGGUUAGGGGUGCCCACACCAGAGACGGCCCAGUCUCGCGCCAGCUCUGCUGCUCAUAGGUCAGCUGCAUAGCGGCCCCGGCCUCUGUGGGUGCAGGGCCGAACUCGGGUGUUGCGGCACUUUGCACACUGGAAGCCUGUUAAAUGGCACCGUCGUUACCUGCUCGUUACUGCGCUGGGCAUCUGGGGGCUCAGUGGCUAUGCCAUGAACACAACUUCACUCAGAAAUGUCAGAAAUGCUGGAAUAACAUGUCUGUCCUGGAUUUGUUUGAAAUGGGUGUUAAAAGGGGUUUAACAACAUGAGCACAGCCAGAAAAGGGCACUUAUAGUAGCACUUCUUCUGAGUUUAAAAAAAAAAAAAGUCUUUCAAUUAUCGGAUGAAUUGAAGUAUAAAGAGAAACACCAGGAUGCCCAGCGAUGCCCCGGGUCCUUUAGGGUCCAGGCCCGUCUCUUCAGGAAAAGCCCAUCUGUAAUUAGAUAACUGGACUUGGAAAGGAAAACCUACGCGUGUGUCUUCGGCUUUAUAGCUUCCCGGUCACAGCCACGUGCAUUCUCUGAUUCCCUGGCGUUCUCUGAUGCCGGCCAAGUGCCUGGCACUGUGCUCGUUGCUCACAUACGUUGUCUCACUUGAUUCUCAUAACAGCCUCAUGAGGGGGACGGUGACUACCCUCGUGUUACUGAUGAGGACUCUGAGGCCAAGGCCAGGCUGGGGUGCACAGGAGGAGCAGCACCAACGCCCAGGCCUCCAGCCCCUGGGCCGGCCAGGACAGGGGGGUGAGCAGGGGGAGGGAGAGCCUGGCGUGCCAGAGGACACGGCACCGCUGUUCCCACCCUCCUGCAGGCCAGGGACCUACAGGAGGAGGCCCUCGCUCUCCCAUAAGCCCAGGAUUGCCGAUCGUGACCUGAUACUGUUUCAUCACGUCUGCUGAGAAACAGGACCAUGUUCGCCGUGGGCAUGCAAGGCUCUGUUUGUUCAUUGCUGGCUCCAGCUCCAUCGUCGGCCUGGCCCGCAGUCAGUAUUUGUCUUGAAAACGACGGUGUGGGCUGUGGCAUCAUACCCGUGUGUUCCUCACCAGGUCCCAGCAUCUCGUGUUGACUCAUCUCCCGUCUGCAGACUUGCUGGCCAUUUGGAAACGGAUGCGGAGGAGUGAAGACUGGGAGGUGUCAAGUUGUCACUGAGACAUGUCUAAUUGGCGACGUGUGGUUUUAAAGCCAACUCUCUCCCCCUGGUUUCCCUGUUUUCCGCAGCACCCCUCGUUAAGACGUUUUCUGCUCCCAUCACGCUGGCAGGGCCUGCGUCCUGAGUCUCCUGGGUGUGUCCUAAUUGCCCAUCUCGGCACCUCGUGAAAGCCCCCUCGCCUCCAGUGGUCACGGUGGAAGGAUCAUGGGAGAAGCAGAAGGGAAGAAAGAUGAGGCUGAUUAUAAACGCCUGCAGACCUUCCCUCUGGUCAGGCACUCGGACAUGCCAGAGGAGAUGCGAGUGGAGACCAUGGAGCUGUGUGUCACGGCCUGUGAGAAAUUCUCCAACAACAACGAGAGUGCCGCCAAGAUGAUCAAAGAGACGAUGGACAAGAAGUUCGGCUCCUCCUGGCAUGUGGUGAUCGGCGAGGGCUUCGGGUUUGAGAUCACACACGAGGUGAAGAACCUCCUGUACCUGUACUUCGGGGGGACGCUGGCUGUGUGCGUGUGGAAGUGCUCCUGACACUGUCCCUGCCCUGCCCCCGCCCUGCAGGGCUUUCCCCUGCCCCUCCUCCGGGUGGGGAGCAGCCCAGGCAGGGCCGAGUUUUCUGGAGAGCGUGGGGUCUUUCUUUUGUCCUGUGUACCCGUGUCCUGAGCCAGGCCCAGUGUGUGAAUUUAUCGACAUCUCUCCCCCCAGGCUCCCAGCCAUCUCACUCUGAGUCCCAGGGUGUGAGGGGCAGCAGGCAGUGGUCUCCAUGCAGGGAGGCCGGGGGCAUGUGACAGGGUAGGAGCGUGGGGAGGUGGAACUUCUCUCACGGGAACAUGCCAGCCCCACGUCUCUCGGGGCUACACCCCUCGCAUCCGGGAGCCCCUGCCUUCCACCCCAGGGCCGCUGGCAAGUGACCACUGCCCUUGUCUUUAUGAACCGUAUGCAAAUGGCCCCAGGAAGGAGCCUCCCUUCCAGGGGCACCGGCAGCUUCUCUCCUCGUCCUCCGUCCUCCGUCCUCCGGGGAAGUGGGGACUCCCCAGAAGCCCCUUCCCUGAGCUGGCCCCAGGCUGAGCACCACUGCAUCUCAUGGGCCCCAGCUUCAGCCUGCAGACCAAGCAGCCUCUCCCCCACCCACAACCGCCAGGCUUCGUCCACCUUUUCCACUGCCCCCAGCCUGCAGCUGAGGGUUGGGAACUGCUGCCCGGCAGUUUCUCGAGGUGUCACUGAGCCUCCAGCGAGCCGCCUGGGCCAGGAGUGCCCUCGCCGGUGGCCCAUCUCAGCAGGGAACCUGGCCUGCCAGUUACUUCUCAUCAGGGACCACAUGUUGAUUUGUACUUCUUCUCUCUGUGGGUUUUCUAUAUUCUUUUUGAGUGUGGGGAGAGUGCUUUAGUAGAAGGAUGAAUCCUAUUUUACAUAGCGGUCUUAUUUAUAUAAAUGUCUUGGUUUUUACAAUUAAAAUGGCCAAAAACUGA